UAUUUUGGAUUAUUUAAGAGAGUACGACGUUUAACGACACACGCUUACGUUAUUUACAUUUGAGAAAAAUGCACGAGGCAAUUGAAGAAAUAGAAGACUAGCCAAAGAAUCUAGCUGGAGAAAAUAAAAGAUAGAAAAAGACCGAAGCGAGGCGCGUUUGAAUCGAGCGCCUCUUCGCGCCACAUCGCACGUCGAUCGUAACGCGCGGAAACGUGCAUCAUUCGGAAAAUAAGAAGGCCGGCAUCGCAGAUCGAUAUGGCGGUGAGCGAGGCGCGAAUAGUCCGUAUUCCGGCGCAACAGACUCGGGCGCGAUAUGUCGCGUAAUCGGACGGUCGCGUUAGUCGUCCGGAUCUCCGACACAAGGCAUCUUCUCGUCGAGAAUACUCGGCGUCGCGUUAAGCGCGUUUGAAUUCGAGCGCCCUUCGCGCCAUUCCCCGCGGCAGAUGCACGAAGGUCAAAAGUAUUUUAAAAAUAAGGCCGUAGGCAUUGGCAGAUUGGUAUGGCAGUGGACGUUAAGGGUCGGGUGGCGUUGUAAUGGCAAAAAGUUUGCGAGAGGGUCGGGAUUGGAGAUAGACAAGAUGGACCAGCAGUAUUGUCUACGGUGGAACAAUCAUCCAGCCAACCUUACAGACGUUCUCAGCUCGCUACUUGCUAGAGAGGCACUUUGUGACGUGACCCUGGCCUGUGUCGGAGACACAUUCAAGGCACACCAGACCAUACUCUCCGCAUGCAGUCCAUAUUUUGAGAGCAUUUUCAUACAAAACACCCAUCCCCAUCCAAUUAUAUUCCUCAAAGAUGUCAAUGAUACAGAGAUGAAGGCAUUGCUGCACUUUAUGUACAAGGGAGAAGUUAACGUUAGUCAGCAUCUGCUACCAAUGUUCCUUAAAACAGCGGAGGCAUUGCAGAUCAGAGGCCUCACUGAUAAUAGUGUAAAUAACAAGACGGAGGAGAAGAGUCCGUCACCAGAGCCAGAAACACAACCUGGAGUCAGACAUACCGAUUCGCCUAAUCUCCAGUCCCAUCCCGAUAAAAGGAAAAGAAAGCAUUCAGGCAGCUACGAUGUUUCCCUUUCUGGCCCGCCUAGUGAGAGAUUCCUGUCCGAUUCUCAGACAUCUUCGCAGUGUAGUUACAAAUCAAGUCCUCCUGUAAUUCCAAAAUUAAAUAAUGCCCUGGGAGUUGAGAUGGAAGAUGGUGGUCGACCCAUGUCCCCUGCUUCACAACCACAGGCUUCUAUAAAACAAGAGGUGGAUCAUCACUUACCGGACUUCCAUGACAAUAUUUCCCUCCCUGGUCAUCCAGUCGGACUGAUGGGAGAAGAUGGAGGGACCACGGCAGGGGCGCUCAGUGAUGGUGUUCAGGGGAUCGAAUCAUCCGAGCACCACAAUCCCCCGGAAAUGCUCGACGGACUUGAUGGUCCGAUGCCGAGCGUGCCGGUCGGUCUCUCUUAUCACGAGAUGUUCGCCGUGUCGCUUAACAGCCCGGCUCUGUGGAGAUGUCGCGCCUGCGGGAAGCAAGUGACCAAUCGCUGGCACCACUUCCACAUACACACCGCACAGCGCUCGCUGUGUCCCUAUUGCCCGGCCACCUACAGCAGGAUCGACACGCUGCGCUCGCACAUACGUACCAAGCACAGGGAGAUGCUGUUUGGCGGGAAAGCGUCCUUGUAGAGGACGGUGAUUGCCCCGCGAAGGAAGCGGCCGCCGCCACUUCCGCCACCGCGUCUGCUCCACGAGCGUUCGUUCGCGCCCUUCUUCGGCUUUGGAUUGCCCUGACCGUCGUCGUACUCGGGGUAUCGGAAUCCGUUUACGGAGAAGCGAUGAACUCGUUCGCGAGAGAGGAGGACUCGGACAAGUUGGGGCAAGUGUUUCGCGCGCGAUUCAGGACUCGAAGAUUCGUGAUCGCGUACCAAAAUUGAAAUCGGUCGAGGAAUUCUUGUUGUAGACAAUUCCAAAGGCUUCGAGAAAUUUCGAAUUUUAAAACGAUCGUCUUCUAAUCGGAUUCUAGCGUUUGAGAAUCCGGAAGCUUCGAGGAUCCUCGGACCAAGUGUCGUUCUUCCACGAAGAGGAAAGACGUCGGAAAGUGUUUCCCUUUCAACACUUUUUGGCGAUUGGUAUUGAUUCGUGGAGCAAAUCCGUUCGACCAAUGGCCUCAUUAGCGAUAAUUAUUUUGCCGAUUAAUCGCGUCUUCGGUGACAAGCCGCCGCUCUAGAGGGAAAGACGAGGAUGACAGGACGAUUAUCGAUCAUCACCGCGCCCUCGAAUCUUCCGUCACAUCUCGUGAAAGCGGCGGUAGGGCGAAUAAAUAGGACAAGGGGAUCUAUCGACGAGGCGAUAUGGCUGGCACGAAGUCAGAAUUUUGCGAGGACAAUCGAUCGAUCGGUAACGCUCCGAAUAGUUUUCGCGAAGAACUGUAUCUUGCUCGGUUACCCUUUCGUAUCUGCGAGGCGGGCCGCGAGAAACUGCAAGCUCUUAACAUUUAUAUACUAGUAUUAUUUAAAUUUGAUAAAUUUUUUACUCUUUUUAAACUUGCUAGGAUUUUAGAAUAUAUAUGUUUUAUACUUGACAAAUUUUUGUUUCUACGAUGUUUUACUUGAGUUUUUGAAUUAUUAUUUCUUAAUGUGUUGAGACCCACAUGACGUACUUCUUUCUUUUUACGGUUUGCUAAAUUUGAAUUUUUGUAACUCAGUAUCUUCAUGUUUAAGACUUCGAUGAAAACAUUUUACGGACAAUUUUAGAAUGGUUCUUUUAGCUGAUAUGAUAUUUGAAAGGCGAAAAUUGUUAGCACAAUUAUUAUUCAUGAUAUAGAACGAAUCUUUAUUACUCGUGAAUUAAAGUAAAACUGACAAAUUGAUUUGUAAUUAUCGUGACAAUGUACUGAUUAUAAUUAACGUGCUACAUUAAUAUACCUUGCGUUUCUGACGGUCCGCUUCUUGAAAUGUCACAAAAUAUUGCACAUACGUUAAAUCCUCGUUGAUUAGUAAAUCAGUUUUAUUUCGUUAAUUCAUUUCGAUCGAAUCGUCUCUAUACUUUUGUCGAUGAUUCAGAAAAUGCAAAGAACAAAAAUAUGCAUAAAUGCACAAGAAAAUGCAAGGUGGCACGCGAAUACCCACCGCUUUCUAAUUAAAACGGUCUAAUUAAAUAUGCAAUGGAAGGCUGAAAUGCGCGCUGUGAUUUUCGAACACCGAAAAAAGAAAUUUUUCAAAGGGUACUACGAAUUAUCGUGAUAGCGAUCAUUAUCAUUGUUACAGAGAGAAAAUCCUAUUAAUCGUAAUAUUAUUUCGUUACGCGCGACAAUUUACAAUCGUUUCUUAUAAUUAAAUUAAUUCGCGUUACAGACGUAACGGUCUACGUGUGAGUGAACGAGAAUGAGAGAAAGGUAUAUAUGUAUACUCUACAAAAUGCCAGUCCUCGGUAUACGAAAACGAAAAUUAUUAUUUUAAAUUUGGGUUUUUUUAAUUCAGUCUCUUCAUGUUCAAGGCUUCGAUCAGAAAAUUUUAUAAACGAUUUUAGAAUCAUUCUUUUAGCUUGAAGAAAAUUUUUUACAUUGUCUUAUUUAUAUUAUGUAUUUAUAUUUCUGUCAUGAUAUAGGUCCGCGUAUGAUAAAUUAAGCCAUCGGAGUCGGAAGAUGAAGGAUCGAAAUACUCUGACGAAAAUUUGGGAAAUUGAGAUUCAAUUAAUUAGUCGAUAAACGCAAUUUAAUGUCAUUGCAGUUAUCGUAGACCGAGGACAGAGGUGCGUUCUGUACGUCCUAUAACAGUAUUACGUGCGUGUGCAUCAAGGUACGUAUAUGUAUAUAUAUAUAUUUCGACGGUGGUUAACCCACCACGUGUAUAGUGUCCGUCCUGCGGAAAAUUCGAGCGUUCCGUGGCUGAUGCGGACAAUCCGUCGUCGGUAUCGAGUCCUCGGAAAGCGGUAAAAGUAUCGAGAGUUGCCUGAAUCCAUAUAUACCUUAUCCGUAUGCGCGAUGUAUAACCAAUCAGACAGGGUAUUAAACGCUGGCUGAUGCAUAAACAAGAGGACGACUUUCGAUCAAGACGACACCGAGCUCUUCUUCCACGAGGUAGUUCGAUAACUGCGUUAUCGGUGCUCGCCGAUAUCGGGAAAAGGAUAAAUCGAGAAUCCUCAAACUUUGCGCGAUGCUCGAGAAUUUUAAGUGAAUAAAUGACGACGAGAUUCCGUAGUAUUUCAAAUCAGUCUUCGACUCUUCGAAUGUUUUAAAAUCCUUUUUUAUCUCGUCGCUUCGCAGCUUAUUUUAAAUCCUUCGAUUUUAUCGUAUUUAUACUAGGAACGUGUGCAUUAAUAUAAAAGAUUGCAAUGUGCGUUCAGAGCCACGCGAUUUUUAUGCGAUUGGGAAUAAUGUCGCGUUGUUUGAGAAAAAUCCUCUCUCCCGUUUUAGGACGUCAUCCGCAAGGAAGCGACGUCUCGAAUGAGGAUCAUUUCAAAUAUUUCCUGAACAUUUCUCUUUGGACCAAUACUCUUCAUGUAAUGAACGGUUGUAAUCGCUGUCGAGGCUCGUAAAGUACCUAAGCAAACCUCACGUCGAGAGGAGAGAUUUUUGACCGUGUGGUUCCUAAGUUUUAUGAGUUCCUAAGGAACUCAUAGCAAGGCAAGUCACAAAAGAAGUUAUGUGAUAUAUUGGGGGCGCGAUAUAUAUACUUUUAAGGUCAAUGUAAUUUACAAGGACGGACUGGCCCGAUAUCUCUUGGGAAAUGGAAAUAUAAUAUUUAUUCAACUCAUGCAUCGCAACGUGUGUACAUGUGAGGCUUGCAAAUUUGUCGAAAAGAGUUGUGCCAUCAUCUUCUCUUAAUAAUUAAUAUCGAUCGUUCGCGCGCGAUGACGUGAAAAUUAUAAGGAUUAAGUAUCUUGUGCGCGGAUGCAUCAAAUCCAUUUUAAGCAACGUUAAUUUGAAUGAGUAACAUUUUUUAACCGAUUGAAUGUGUAUUAAUUAGAUACUCGCCCUGUCAGCCAGUCCGUCCAUGUCGAUUUGCGUAUUACGUGUAAUUAAUAUUCGCGAGUGAAAGAGAAAGAGAGAGUCGAGAUGGAUCGCGCGAUGAUCUUUUCUCGUAGUCUUCUUCGGGGACGCGAUUCUGAUCGCGAAAGAUGUACGUCGCCGCGACAAGCUGCUUCAAUCUCGAAUCUUUGUUGUAAAAAGAUGUAAAUAUCGGAAACAGAAGAGGAGAGCGAGGGAAAAUGAGAGCGAGCGCGAUUUUAUUAUUUAUUAAUUUCCUUUAUGAUAUAACGCAAUUACGUGUAAAUGUUAGAGAAAUUUGCUUCUCAAUAUUUUUGGCGAAGUACAUAAGCGUUAAAAUAUCGGCGAAGCGAGAGUUUACUCGAUUAAACCCCGAGCUAGUCUCGUCAAGAAUUCGCACGCAUAUAUAUAGCUUCACAAGCGUAUCUCUAUCGAUCGCAUUUCUAGUAGUGAGAUUUUUUUCAAUUUUUUGUAGCCCACUUUUAUAUCAUAUUUUUUUUAUAU